GUGGGAGCACGGUGAUACCACGGUAUACAAACUGGGUCAGGAGGAAACACCGGACUUCAAUGAGCCCGGCGGAGCUCCGCCAGACCGAUCGUCAAGAGCAGGUACAACAACAGAAAACUCCUCUACCACUUUGAGGUACCAUAAUAAUCUCGCUUAUGCUGAAAGCAAAAGUCAGUGCUUUGUUGGAUAAGCAUCUAUUCAUCAACCAAGCAAAGCAAAUCCAUGCCGUAAUACUAAUCAACGGACUCCACGAUCUUGAGCAUCCCCUGUUUCACCGGCUUCUUCUUUCUGCAAAAACUCACCACCGGAGUACCUUUCACUAUGUCAAGUCAAUGCUUUGGUCUAUGCAUAAACUUGACACCUUUUUAGUUGGAUCCACGAUUCGGGUUCUCACGGAAAAUUCUCAGUUCAGAGAGGCUAUAUCUCUCUAUGUACAGUUUCAGAGGUAUGGACUCAGCCCGAGCACCUUCGCCAUAUCAUCUGCUAUGAAAUCAUGUUCAAGAGUAAUGGAUGUGCUAACUGGGACUUCAUUUCAUGCCCAGACUUACAAGUAUGGGUUUUCUAGGGAUGUUUACGUUCAAACAUCUCUCAUUGUUUUUUAUGUAAAAAUGGACAAAAUGGAUUGUGCACGGAACGUAUUCGAUGAUAUGCCUGUGAAAAAUGUAGUGUCUUGGAACUCGAUUCUGUCCGGGUAUGUAAAAUCUGGAAACUUAGAAACGGCGCAAAGUGUCUUUGAUCAAAUGCCAGACAAGGAUGUUAUCUCUUGGAAUUCUAUGGUUUCUGGAUAUGCAAGGGAAGGGUUUAUGGAGAAAGCUUAUGAACUGUUUGUGGAAAUGCCGGAAAGAAGUUCUGCUUCAUGGAAUGCAAUGAUAAGUGGAUACGUACAGUGUGGGAAGAUAGAUGUUGCCCGUCGCUUGUUUGAUUCUAUGGACAAAAGGAAAAAUCAAAUUACAUUCACUGCCAUGAUUUCUGGGUACUCAAAAUCCGGAGAUGUAGAUUCUGCUAAGAAGCUAUUUUUGGACAUGACUGAUGGAAAAGAACAUACAGUUUAUAAUGCAAUGAUAUCUACAUAUGUUCAGAACAGUCAACCAAAAGAAGCUCUCAAGCUGUUCCAUGAAAUGCUUGAAUCAAAACUCCAACCAGAUCAUAUGACAUUAACGUCUGCCAUUUCUGCUUGUUCUCAACUGGGAGAUCUGAAAUCAGGUUCUUGGAUUGAAUCAUACAUGAAGAAAGAAGGAAUCCAGAUGGAUGAUCAUUUAGCAACUGCUUUUCUGGAUAUGCAUGCAAAGUGCGGGAUUACAGAAAAAGCUUAUGAUUUAUUUCUCGGAUUACAAAACAAAGAUGUAACAGCUUACACUGCAAUGAUCAUGGGAUUCGGAGUUAAUGGUAACACUAAUGAAGCUGUUAACUUGUUUAAUGAAAUGAUUAACGCUGGAAUUAAACCUAACUUGGCAACAGUCACUGCCAUCUUGACUGCUUAUUCCCAUACUGCUUUCGUAGAAGAAGGGAUCCAGUUUUUUACAAGUAUGGAGAAGAAAUAUGGGCUAUCUCCAACUGUGGACCAUUAUGGUAUUGUGGUCAGUCUAUUAGGCAGGGCCGGGCGGCUAGAAGAAGCUUAUGGUUUGAUAAAGGGAAUGGAAAUGGAGGCCCAUGUUGGUGUGUGGGGAGCUCUGCUUCAUGGUUGCAGAUUGCAUAACAAUUUAGAGAUUGGCAAGGUGGCAGCAAGGCACUGUUUGGAUAUGCAAAAUGGGGAUAACGGCAGUCACCGUUCUCUUGUUGCUAAUAUUUAUGCUUCUGUUGGACACUGGGAUAAUGCUGAGAGGUUGCUGGAAACUGCUAAGGUAAAUGGGGUUUUCAAGUUGCCUGGUUCCAGUAGGACAGAAGAUGGAUAGUAAAUUUAGCAACUUGAAGGGAUCUUGCUGAGGUCUGGGCAUAUAGCAUAGACAGAACAUGGGAGAGUCAAUGUGGGGAAUAAUAUUUUGGAGAAAAUCUUUGCGUAUCCUCAAUUAAUCCCCACCCAGAUGAUGGAUCCGGAGCCUCUGCCUUGCUUUAGAGCAAAGUAUGAUGCCUUGCUCUUCACAAUUGUCCGAUCGAAAAUUCAACAAUGGGAGAUCUAAUAGAGUAGAUUACUUAUUUAUUUAAUUAUUAUUA